AUGUGUUUGACUGAAACAAUGGUUAUUGAUGAAACCAAACCAAUGUUGGUGAUAGAUAACGCGUUGCCCAUUGAAAAGUAUGAUCGCACCCUUUUCUACAACAUAGCAUUGAGCGAAACAUCUGAUAUCAUCAAACGAGUCUCCGUCACCCUGGAUGUGGAAACAGCGCAUGCGGGGCUCGAGGUGUCUGAGGAUCGGAAGAGGGUGAGACGGACCUGGACCGAGAGGAGUCUCCCUGACACCGGAAAGAGGUUUACAGACAGUCGGUGUGUGCUGGGAUCAGAGGGAUUCACAUCGGGGAGACAUUACUGGGAGGUGGAGGUGGCGGGGAAUCAGUGGUGGUGUCUGGGAGUCGCCGUAGAGUCUGUGGACAGGAAGGGAGGGGUCGAGCUGACCCCGGAGACUGGAGUCUGGAGCAUCGGCCGGGAUGAUGCUGGGGGCGGGGCCCUUGUCACCGUUCGGAACAACGACUGGUGA